UGUCACGCCUAGACUUGAACCUCAGUGUUGUACUCAGACUUACUCAGACAACAAGCAGUUGAGUAAGGCGACAACUUGGACCGUACCUGUGGUUUUCCUUUCUUGGAGGUGUGUGAACAGUGUACUUCUGAGGCACGGAACCCUUUCCAGGGACCGACGCCAGCAGAGUUAUUGACUACGAAGAAACAUUGUGGCAAAAUGGCUUUCUUGGAAAGUCCUGAGUUUGGCGUUGGAGACUUUAUUCUCUUGGAGAAAGUGACAGAGCUGGAUUUUUUGGCAAACAUGAAACUUCGAUUUCAAAAGGAUAGGAUAUACACGUACAUUGGAGAAACUCUGGUAUCAGUCAAUCCGUACAAACUACUGAAUAUCUAUACUGAAAAUGAAGUAAAAGAGUACAGAGGCAGGCAGGUGUUUGAAAGACCUGCACAUAUCUAUGCUAUUGCGGAUGCAGCUUACCAGUCAAUGUUGAGGAGAAGACAGGAUUCUUGUGUUGUGAUCUCAGGUGAAAGUGGAGCUGGUAAGACAGAAGCUUCAAAAAUUGUCAUGCGGUAUUUGAGUGCCGUAACACGUCAUUCUUCUCAAAAGGAGAUAGAACGAGUCAAUGGUCUUCUUAUUGAUUCCAAUUGUGUUUUGGAAGCGUUUGGCAAUGCCAAAACAACAAGAAAUGACAACUCAAGCAGAUUUGGUAAAUACAUGGACAUUAAUUUUGAUUUCAAGGGUGAUCCACUUGGUGGUCACAUCUCAAAUUAUCUUUUGGAGAAAGCUCGUGUUGUAUCUCAACAACGUGGAGAGCGCAACUUCCACAUUUUUUAUCAGCUAUUGAUGGGUAAAGAUGCUGCUUUGCUGAAGGCACUUCACCUUGAGGCUGAUCCAGGAAGCUAUGUGUACACAUGUGCGGGAGGUGCAGCAAAUUGCCAAGUGGCUGGAAUUGAUGACAAAAAGAAUUUUCAGGAAGUGCGAAGUGCAAUGAAUGCUAUUGGAUUUCAACCUGAAGAACAGCAAGUACUCUGGCGUCUAGUUGCUGCUACUAUUCAUCUAGGAGAAGUACAGUUGACAUCAGCAGAUGAUGGCGAGAAGUCUGUAGUGAAGAAUCCUGCUCAGUUGAAAGUUAUUGCUGAGCUUCUUGGAACAGAUUCUGCAGUAAUUGAGAAAGCUCUUACAGUGAAGUUGGUGACAAGGAAACAGGAAGUGAUUGAAACUUUCCAUAAGUUUGAAAAAGCCUUGUUUGCAAGGGAAGCAUUGGCAAAGGUAUUUUCGGGUGUUUAUUUUUGGCAUAGUCUAUUGGAAUUGGACUACUUCUAAUUAACUUAUAGCAGGUAUAGUUAAAGUCAAUUUUGAAUUGAUUUGGGUAGGGUAGUCAGCAAUAAGAAGUACGUUGAAUAUCCGUGUGGGAAGAACGCACAUAUUCUUGAAAUGCAUGCAUGAAUUAUUCUUUUGUAAGUGAUCUAGUUACUGUUUCUUACU